GAUGAGACACGUGCGUUGUUGAAUGGAGCUUGUCGCUGGUUGCUACGAGCAGGUCCUUUUUGGGUUCGUUGUGCACAGGGAGCCCGAGGCGAGCGGCAACCUCAAGAAAUGGACUCCUGUGGCUGACUUCACUCACCAUGCCCAUACUGCUUCCUUGUCUGCGGUGGCUGUAAAUAGUCGUUUCGUUGUCACUGGGAGCAAAGAUGAAACAAUACACAUUUAUGACAUGAAAAAGAAGAUAGAGCAUGGGGCUCUAAUACAUCACAACGGCACAAUAACUUGUCUGAAAUUCCAUGGCAACAGGCACUUAAUCAGUGGAGCAGAAGAUGGACUAAUCUGUGUGUGGGAUGCAAAGAAAUGGGAGUGCCUAAAGUCCAUUAAAGCUCACAAAGGACAUGUGACCUUCCUCUCUAUUCACCCAUCUGGCAAGUUGGCCCUGUCUGUGGGUACAGAUAAGACAUUAAGAACAUGGAAUCUUGUGGAUGGAAGGUCAGCAUUCAUAAAAAAUAUAAAACAAAAUGCUCACAUAGUUGAAUGGUCCCCAAAGGGAGAGAAGUACAUAGUUGUCACAAUGAAUAAAAUAGACAUCUAUCAACUAGACACUGCAUCUGUUAGUGGUACCAUCACAAAUGAGAAGAGAAUCUCUUCUGUUGCAUUUCUUUCUGAAUCUGUCCUUGCAGUGGCAGGAGAUGAAGAAGUUGUAAGGCUUUUUGACUGUGAUUCACUAAUGUGCCUCUGUGAAUUUAAAGCUCAUAAAAACAGGGUGAAAGACAUACUCAGUUUUGAAAUUCCAGAGCAUCAUGUUAUUGUUACAGCAGCAAGUGAUGGGUUCCUCAAAAUGUGGAAGCUUAACCAGGAUAAGAAAGUUCCUCCAUCUCUACUCUGUGAAGUAAAUACGAAAGCCAGGCUGACCUGUCUGGGAGUAUGGUUGGACAGAGUGGCAGACACAAAGGAGAGCCUACCUCCAGCUGCACAGCCUUCUCCUGUAAGUAAAGAGGCACAGUACAAAAUCAACCAGAAGGAAUCUGGCGAUAUAGUGCAGGAAGAAGAACGGCACUCAAAACCUAUUGCAAAGAAACAUGGUUUAACCAGAGGCAAUGAUAAACCAAAGGAAGAAAAUAGCCUCGUGUCACCCAAGAAGAGAAAAGUAGCAGAAAUAUUGAUAAAGAAAAGAAAAAAGAAGGAAAUAUAA